CCUGCAGUGUGAAUCCUCCAGAAAAUAUUACGCGUCUUUGCUUCCAGCAUCAUCAAGUUAACAGCAAGCUGUAAGCAUGCUGUCAACUCGAUUCGAAUGUAACUCGCCUUCUUGCACCUCUCUCAAACCAAAACAAAUUUCUGUCAAAAAGUUACAAUAAUUAUUCAACAGAAGUAAUGUUUUCAUUUUUAUCAAUUUUUUUAAUUAGAUAUAUCCCACUAUAAGAUUUCACAAUGCGUUUUAAUUCCAAAGAAAUCAUAGCGGUUGCUACGCAACCAUCUUAUAAGUUUGAUAAAGAAGGCGUUCUGUAUGUGAGAGAGAAACAUGACGGCUUGUUCCGACGUAGUGACGUAUUUUCGCAAAGAUGGUGCAGGCUUAGAGGAAAUCUACUGUUUUUCUACAAAACGAAAGAUCAAUGCUCGGAGCCAGCUAUUUUGUUUGUUUUGGAAGAAUGUCAAAUUCGCCUAGAUGCGAACUCAGACAUUCCUUUUUCGUUCAGUUUAAUUUUUCAAUAUGAUGGUUCCAUUCAGCAGCUUGGAGCAACGUCAGAAGAAGAGAGAGACUCGUGGAUUCAAACACUACAUAUGGCGAGUUUUGAUUAUAUGCGCUUGCAACUCUCAUCUUUGAAAGAAAAGCUGAAAAUAAGAAGAGAAAAUGAAACCAAUUUAUCUUACCCAACUUCCAGAACUCAAAGAAGUUUCACUAUAGGAUGUAACUACGAUUCGAACCAGUAUGAACCUUUCAUGGAGUUAAGUUUGUCUUGCGACAACCUAAUGUGUGAUGGUGAUGGCCUACCCCCUAGCCCAUAUAUUUCUGUGUGUAUAAAUAAUUUACCAUCUACAAAAUGGACCAAAUUUACACAAACUGAGAUAGUGGAAAAAUCUAGCAAUCCUUGUUUUUUUACGACAGUCACUUUUGUUAAGGGCGAAGUGACAGACUCUACACGCAUUAAACUUUCUGUUUACGAUGUUAAAGAAAGGGUGACUUGUACUAGUACUUUACUCGGUGAAUCUGUAUUUACAUUAGACACUCUUUUACAAAACCCAUAUCGUACUCUCAGGCUUACAUUGGUGUCUCCAUCUUGCUUGAGUGUAGGUUUCAUUUCCAUAUCUGCUCGAGAAAUGAGUAAUACAAAGCAAAGAAACGCUUGGCUGUUAUUGGCCGAAGAAGAGUCUCUGUGGUCAAAAGUCGAGAGACCUCGGAGUUAUUCUUUGCCGUCUAGACUGCAUUCUCAAGUUGGAAUACCUGUGUUAGGUUUGUUGAAAACAUUGUCUAGUAAUUUUUCUACUCAAACCUAUCGUUUUCAUACUGGUCUCGGUGCAGAACUCCAUGUGCACGAAAUCAUGUCGGAAAGCAAGUUAUCAUUUACUAUCCCCCUUAUGCUUCUAAAUCUGUGGAUUAACGAAGAAAAACGGUUAAUGGAAACGAGUUUCCGUAUUAAAGAACUUUCGUCUGAGUGGCAACAGAAAUUUUUGGCCGCGAUGGAUGGUCACCAUAGACUUAUUAGUCACUAUACAGAGGUGAUUGAUUUUUUGUCAAAACAAAAAGCAUCAUCCUUUAAGCCUUCAAAUAUGAAAAAAGAAACAAAUUUUGAAUUUGUACCAGUAAAUCUUCAUGUGCAGAGAAUGUGGGUACAGAAUAUGACUACCCGCAAAACUGGGGUUUACGAUGUUAUAACGGUCGGAGCCUUUUCCGCUUAUUCUCGACGUUUUCGUCAAGGGGGGCUUCUUAAGCUUUUAAAUCAGUUGAAGAGUUAUUACCCUUCAUUUGGCAAUGACAAUGGGUGUGCCAUUUUAGGCCCUGAUCCGAUAUCACGCUCUGCUGAAGCAAUCAUGAGAAUUGAGCAACUUCAGGAUGAAAUAGAAUCUGACUUGCAGAAGCUGAUUAUUAUGUGUAAUCAGGCAUGUAAAUCUAGCAUGCAAACUAUUCUCAAUUCUCUCAGCAGUAAAGGAGAUCAGCUGCGAAGGAUAUGUAUUCCCCACCUAGUGGAAGAAGCUUUUUCUUUGUGGGAUUCGAUUAAGUCUGACACUCCUUCUAUUGAUGCAGAUCAAGUGGUUAAUUCAUCUCAGGAGGAUCUAAAAAAAGACGGUUUAAAUUCAAGUAAAAGCAAUUGUGCUAUUAAUAUGGAAGAAAUGGAGCCCUUAGAACUGACUCACUUGAACAUUAAAGCAAGUAUUCUGUGUAUGUCUAGCAAAGUUCAAUCUCUUUUUUCUGGAAGUAAAUCUGAUGAUGGAGAGGAAGGCUCUUGGUCUAAUGAAAUAAUGCCUAGUGUCAGAAAGUUACGCCAAGCUAUCCAAUGCCUUUUAAAAACUGCACAAUUGACAUACAGCAUAAUUUCACUCAAGGAAUCUACCAAAUGUAUGCCGAUGAGUCAAAAAGUCCGACAUCGAAGAGAUAUCGUUUUUUCCCAAGCUUUGACUAGCGUGUUAACUGGCAUAAUGACUAGACUGUGGUGCCGUACCCCCGAUCCCAUGUUCAUCCACAUGCUUCGAACUGUGGGAGUUUUGUGUGAUUUUGAAGGAUUACUUAGUUGCUAUGGUGAUGAAAUGGGCUGCCUGGAAGAUAUGGUGGUUGGAAUAGAUGACCUCCGUAGAGUUCUUUUUUGGCUGGAACCAUCUACUGCUUCUGAGAGUCCUCAGCCACGCAUUGAAGGAAGUCGAUUAUUUUUAUAUGUGUUUAUACCAGCUCCGCAAUCUAUAAUCAACAUGCUUCCUGCAGAACAACAAAACGGAUGUCGUUUUACAGUGAGUUCGGUCUUUUUUAACAUCGGCAUCAAUGAACGAGCUACUCUGGCAGAAAAGUUUGGUGACACGUCCUUACAGGAAAAAAUUAAUCAAGAUAGUUUUAGUUUGCUGAAGGAUUUUUUCUCCAGAUUUCAGAGGACUGCAAAAAUGGAAAAAAGCCAUGGUUUUCAUUUUGCAGAAAACUACAUCAUUGAAUUGCUAGAUCAGCUUCACGCUCAAGUUUAUGCAAAAAAGAGUAAAAACGUGGACAUAUUGCACAUAUCUUCGGAAAUUUGCAAGCACUUGGGUGGAAUAAGGUUUACGAGUUGCAAGAGUGGCAAGGAUCGGACAUCCAUGUCCGUCACGUUAGAGCAAGUUGUGGUAUUAAUCAAAGAUUUCAAUCUUAACGAGAAAGAGAUGACUAGAGUUCUAGAAUGCAUGCGUUGUGAAGGAACUCGGCGAGAAAAUACUCUAAAAAAUAUUGGUAUUAAGAAAUAUCAUUUCAAUAGUCUACAAUUGAUGACUCUGCCAAAGCUCUACAGACCACCACAUGGGACUUAUGGGAAUGUUGAGUCAUAACCUUUACACAGGAACCUGCCUGUUCCUGUGUAAAGGUUGGGAAAGGCUCCUGUGUAAAAGGUUAGUAACCUUACACAGGAACCUAUUCGUGCACAUGAAAUGUGCCUACAAUUCCUUAUAUCUUUGAUAUAUCACAUUUUUUGAUGUUGUUAUUUGUAACAUAUAUAUUGUAUAUCAUUAUUAUAAAUUUAUUAAUCAGGUUUUAUUUAAUCUUAUUUAAACAAAGCUGUCCUAAGAGCGGGGCAAGCAGGACCUGCCCCGCUCAUAUGACAUUGCUUAGGCCACUGCACCGGUGAUGUUGAAAAUGUUUUUUUUUUUUAACAAUUAUGAUUUGUUCUAAUACUAAUGUUCUAAAAUAUAUAGAAAAUAAUUUGAUGUUGGAAUAUCAUUUCAAUAAAUUGCCAAAACUCUAAAGGUCACCACAUAGUACUUAUGGAAAUGUUAAGUCAUAUACUUUUAUAAUCCUACUUAUAGAAAUGUGCCAACAAUUUCUUAUCUUUGAUAUUUUCUGCUGUUGUUAUUUAUAACAUGUGUAUUGUACAUAAAAUUUAUAAAUUUUCUUUAUUUAAUUUUAUUGCAAGUGAAAAGGAUUGGGCGAUGCAUUUAGCCGAUGGCCCUUAUUUCUAGGACUGUGGCCCACUCCCCUGUAUUGGUGAGAUUGAAGAAUUUUUUUAAUAAAUAAUUAUGAAAAUUAGUAACAGAAAGUUGCAAAUUUUAUUUUCUAUUCUCUCAUAUGGAUGAAAAAUAGGGAGUAAUUUUACGCUUAUUGAGACAAUGCAGAAAAACACUCCAUACAAAUCCAAUUCUAGAAUUAAAAUUUAGAUUAUUACAUGGACUCUUAAACACACAAUUGAUCAUUCCCAAGGGCAACAUUGUGUUAAAAUCUAAAAAUUAAGUGAUAGUAUAAAAUUGGAAGGAAAAAUUGUUCAUUUUUAGGCAUGGAAUGAAAUUUAAUAAAAUAAAUAAUAUUUUAAUAAUAAUGUGAAUCAUCAUUCAAAGUGAAACAUUUUCUUUUAGGCUGUGAAGAAAGAAAAUAUUUAUAAGUUUCCAUAAAAUCUUGUGAUGGUUCUGUCUUGUAACUUAGUAUAAGUUAACUUUUUUUUAAUUUUAAACCCAGUAUAAAUUAACUUUUUUUAACUUAGUUGUGAUAGUGUUAUUUUGCCAUUUGGUGCCAUUAUUAUUAUUUCAUGUAGCAUUUGUGUUAAAUUUUUGAAUAAAUCGAGUUUUAGUAAAUUGA